AUGGAUGAAGAUCAGUGGAUGUAUGAUAGUAUGAUGUCUCAAGAAGUUGAAAUGAAUGUUGAAAAUGAGGAAGAUGUUGGCUUGUUUGGUAGCCGUGAUGAAGUUUUACAAUGGGCUCGACUGUUGGCUCAUGACAUUGGAUUUGUUGCCGUUAUAAUGAGGUCAAACACCAAUACCAGUGUUCGAGAAAAAGCCUCAUUUUUGUUGAUAGCUUGUGAAAGGAGUGGGGCGUAUAGGCCUAAGAAACAUAAUUUGGUAAGAACAUGCACUGACAGUAGAAAAUGUGGAUGCCCGUUUAAGUUGCGUGCGAAGCUAGUUUCAGGAGGAGACGACUGGAUGGUGAAGUUAAUUUGUGGGAUUCACAAUCAUGAAAUGACAAAGUCAUUGGUUGGGCAUCCAUAUGCAGGUCAACUGACAAAGAAUGAGAAGAUUGUUGUUGCUGAUAUGAUGAACUCCAUGGGUCUUUCCAUGAGAGCUGAUGGACUCCCCGGGGUUAUUGUCACUGACAGAGAUUUGUCUUUGUAUUCCCGGAUGCUCCGAAUUUGGAUUGAGAGUGCUCAUUGGUCACUAAAGAGACUCCUACAAAACUUUGUUGGUGACAUAUCCAGUGUUUGGGAAGAUUCUAUUGAAAACAUUAUUGAUGUCAAAACAUAUGGUAAUUGUGGUUAUCGUGCAAUAGCUGCGUUAUUGGGUAUAGGUGAAGAAUCGUGGUCAUUGGUGAGGAACCAUCUGCAUAAAGAACUGACUAGCUGGUCCAAAAUGUAUAUUAACCUGGUUGGUGGCAUAGAGAGAUUUGAGGAAUUAAAGUGUUCUCUACUUGUUGACGACUUAUCUAAGGUUACCAUAGACAAGUGGAUGAAUAUUACGGAUAUGAGAUACGUCAUUGCUUCACGAUACAACGUGAUCGUUAUUUCUCUUUCACGACAACAAAGCAUGACAUUUUUUCCUCUUAGAAGUCAGCCGCCACUAGAUUCUUCUAUGCAUCGUGUAAUAUACAUUGAUAAUGUGUAUGGAAAUCAUUUUGUACAGGUUUUGUUACGAGAUCACUAUCCUUUGCCACCAGUGGCGUUGCUGUGGAGAACACAUUGUCAUUAUCGGGCAAAACAGUGGCUCACUCUGUACAUAACUAGAAUGCAACAUUACACAACUUUGUCUAGGCUGAAUACCGAAUUUGUUGAUUUAGGUGAACCAUGA